GACAGGAUGAUGCGACAGUCCACGGGAACACCAAAAAGGAUGGGUGAUCACUUGGGUGCUGGUUCCCUCAUGAAUAGCCGUGCUGACCCAUACUCUGACUCUCACGAAGAGCGGCUCCUGAAAUGCUUCGUCUUCUUCUUCUUCUCCUCUGUUUUGCCAACAGUCAUCGUGUCGUACCAUUUCCCUCGUCAUUGAUGCGGGGCAGGGUAUCUGCAUAGUAAAUAAGUUCUGUCCGUGACGCCUUACAAGCCCGAACGGCACUUUGGGCAGGCUUGAGGCCUCUUCAAGCCGUUUAAGAGUCGCUUUUGACUCGUUGUUCAAGCCUGGAGACCAAAAUAUUUGAUCUCUGGUACAUAUAGUAUCUUUCUAAUCGGCAUGACGGGCAACACGAACUCGGCCGGCCCGGCGCCGAAAUUCCCUGUUUACCUUCUACCUAGCUUUAGCAUACCUUUUCGACUUCGAAGACAAAGCUCUCUCACACCCGGUUCUUAUGGCAGUCCUCCGGCUGAGAGCAAUCUGCCAUCACUGGGUAGCUCGCCUACAGAUUCGACAAUUUCUAGCCCCGUCGGGAGCCCAGCAACGUCUUCAUAUUUCUCCUCUCGGUUUUCGUUCUCAAAGGACUGGCGUAGAGCCUCCGUAGAGCCUCUUGACAUAUCUAAGCUUAGCCGAACCAGCCCCGACACUAUUCGCUGUUCGACUUGCUCCACAGACCUAGCGUUUACGUCGCAGAUAGUCAGCAAAGGCUUUACAGGCCGAUAUGGAAGAGCAUAUCUCGUAUCAUCGCCUGACCACGCAGUAACAGGCAAGAGUGACACAAACCUGGUGAAUAUCAAGGUGGGCAAGCAAGAGACGAGAUUGUUGGUGACCGGUUCGCACGUCGUGGCAGACAUCACUUGUGCUAUUUGCCACGCGAAGGUCGGCUGGAAGUAUGUAGACGCCAAGGAGGAGGCGCAGAAGUACAAGGUGGGCAAGUUUAUCCUAGAAACGGCGAGGACUAUGGAUCAUCGGUCGUGGGAAGAUGUGGAGGUGUCUGAACUGUCGGCCAUGGAAGCACAGCACGAUAGCGAUAUUGAAGGGGAUGAACCCGUUAUCUUCGACUCGGAAGACGACGACGAAUGCGAGGAUAUCUUUGCAGGGACAUGGGAUGCUGAUGCUGUCGCCAAACGACGCGCCAGAAAGGUCCAUCGACGACCCAAACAAGUUGUCUAAGCUGUUUCACGGCGAUCGAUACGCCCAUGGGAACGAUGAUGUGAUGCGAUGUGUCAAGGGCUGGGCAACGUGGUGUUGAUAAGUGAAUUUUUGGCAUUUAUACCCAAACUGGUUUUGUACUGUUUCAAGGUUGCAAAGUUCUGAUUUGCUGGAAGGAUGGAUUAUGGCGUUUUGUUUUGGCACUUGGACUUAUGAUACCCUCUUUACCUGAAAAUGAAUACUCUACAUGCGUCGUGCCCUU